AUGAGUCCGGCCGGGUGCUCCCAUGUGAACGGUUAUAAGGUGGACAACUGGAAGCAAAAUCUCCGCGUCAUCUACCAAUGCUUUGUUUGGAGUAGCACUGCUGAAACCAGGAGACGGAAGGCCAAGUCCUGUAUCUGUCACAUGUGCGGUGCCCACCUGAACAGACUGCAUUCUUGUCUGUACUGUGUUUUUUUCGGCUGCUUUAGCAAGAAACACAUCCACGAGCACGCCAAAAGCAAGAGGCACAAUUUAGCUAUAGACUUAUUGUACGGCGGAAUAUAUUGUUUUGUGUGUCAAGACUACAUAUACGACAAAGAUAUGGAACAGAUUGCCAAAGAGGAACAGAGGAAAGCCUGGAAAUUACAAGGUAACAACAGGUUCCCACCCCUAUUAAAUACAUUACAAAACUCUUUGCUUUCUCCUUCCACAGGAAUAGGUGAGAAAUACACCACGUGGGAGCCCACCAAGCGAGAGCUGGAGUUAUUACGACACAAUCCAAAGCGGAGAAAAAUCACUAUGAACUGUACCAUAGGUUUACGAGGGUUAAUAAAUCUGGGCAACACGUGUUUCAUGAACUGCAUCGUGCAAGCCCUCACGCACACGCCGCUGCUGCGGGACUUCUUCCUCUCUGACAGGCACAAGUGCGAGAUGCAAUCCAACUCUUGUCUGGUGUGCGAGAUGUCGCAGCUUUUUCAGGAGUUUUACUCGGGCCACCGUUCGCCUCACAUUCCUUUCCGGUUGCUGCAUCUGGUGUGGACGCACGCACGUCACCUCGCCGGCUACGAGCAGCAGGACGCCCACGAGUUCCUCAUCGCCGCGCUGGAUGUUCUACAUCGGCACUGCAAAGGAGACACCCUGAACAACGACAACGGGAAGAAGGCCAGCAAUCCCAACCACUGUAACUGCAUCAUUGACCAAAUUUUCACCGGGGGACUCCAGUCAGACGUUACCUGUCAGGUUUGCCACGGGGUUUCCACGACGAUAGAUCCUUUCUGGGACAUUAGUUUGGACCUGCCUGGAUCGUCCACGCCCUUCUGGCCCCUCAGUCCAGGAGGUGACAGCGGCACGGUCAACGGGGAAAGCCACCUAUCAGGGUCCACCACGCUCACAGACUGCCUGCGCAGGUUUACGCGACCCGAGCAUCUAGGAAGUAGUGCCAAAAUCAAGUGUGGCAGUUGCCAUAGUUACCAGGAGUCCACCAAACAGCUGACCAUGAAGAAGCUGCCCAUUGUAGCGUGUUUCCAUCUCAAACGGUUCGAGCAUUCUGCCAAACUGCGGCGGAAGAUCACUACGUACGUUUCCUUCCCUCUGGAACUGGACAUGACACCCUUCAUGGCAUCCAGUAAAGAGAGCAGAAUGAAUGGGCAGUAUCAACAAACAGUGGACGUCUUAAAUAAUGACAAUAAGUAUUCCUUGUUCGCGGUGGUCAACCACCAAGGCACGUUAGAGAGCGGUCACUACACCAGCUUCAUCCGCCAGCACAAGGACCAGUGGUUCAAAUGCGACGACGCCAUCAUCACCAAGGCCAGCAUUAAGGAUGUACUUGAUAGCGAAGGGUAUCUCUUAUUCUACCAUAAGCAGUUCCUGGAGUAUGAGUAG